GUGAAGAAAUUCAUUUCGGAUGGAUUUGGGUGCGGCAAUCUUACAGUAAGAAAGGAGCCGGAGUUGGGGGGGGGAAGAGUUAUUUAAUAAAAUAAAGCUGCAGCAGGAGGAAGAACCACAUCAGCUCCUUCUUGAAGGUGAAACUGGUCUUUUUUUUUCCUGUCUCCCUUGUUGCAGUUUUUUUUCUUGACUUAUCGAGUCUUGGGAAAUGCUGUCGAUUGCCCGCCGUUUCCUGCUUUGAAAGGACUUGGUACAUUUUUCCCCUCUCCUCCUCCCACUGUCGUCUUUUACUCCAUUUUAAUUACUUUAUUUUGCGUGCGAACCUUUAAAUUCAGCGACGGAUCUGAAAGUUACUUUCGAGACGACAAACCGCGAGAGACUUGGUUGCAUCAUCGGAGGGGAGGGGGGAAGAAAGAGAGAGGGGGAAAAAAAAAGACUUGAAAAACUUCGGCGCACAAAGGAUUUAAUUGGUCUAACUACCAUCGACAGGGAUCGGAGAGCUUGUGCUGAGAGCUCGCGAGUUUUUUCCUUUUUUGUUUUAAUAUUCAACCCCCCUCUUCAAAAAAAAGGGAAAUUGUGCUUGGACCUGCCUCGGCUCUAAAUUCCACAUAAAGCCCAGCUCCCCCUCCCUCGGAUCGAACCUUUGUGGAUUGUUUUGAAGUUUAAAUCGGAAGCCGAUGAAGAAGCGGGCCGUCUGGAUCAGUGGCGAGUGAAGUGUUUGAUCAUGACGACAAAGCGUAAUUUAUUUGGAAGGCUGGUGCCAUGUCGCUGUCUAAGGGGAGAAGAAGAAGCUGUCACUGUUUUGGACUAUUCUCACUGCAGUUUGGAGCAGGUUCCCAAAGAGAUUUUUCCUUUUGAUAAGACCUUGGAGGAACUUUACUUAGAUGCUAACCAGAUUGAAGAGCUUCCAAAGCAACUAUUCAAUUGCCAGUCUCUGCACAAGUUGAGCAUGCCGGAUAAUGAUCUGACUGUUUUGCCAGCAUCCAUUGCAAAUCUUAUCAAUCUCAGGGAAUUGGAUGUCAGCAAGAAUGGAAUUCAAGAAUUUCCAGAAAAUAUCAAAAACUGCAAGGUCCUAUCUGUGGUUGAGGCCAGUGUAAACCCUAUUUCAAAGCUUCCUGAUGGCUUCACACAGUUACUAAACUUGACUCAACUUUACCUAAAUGAUGCCUUUUUGGAUUUUUUGCCAGCAAACUUUGGAAGAUUGACCAAAUUGCAGAUAUUAGAGUUACGAGAAAAUCAGCUGAAGAUGUUGCCAAAAACCAUGAGCAGACUCACCCAACUGGAGAGAUUAGAUUUGGGAAGUAAUGAAUUCACAGAAGUGAGAAUAGACCCCUGUAUAUGA